AUGCCUCAAUACGCCGCCUCGUCGCAUCAGAACCAUCCUCAAGGCCACCACGGUCGUAGCCGACGAGGGCCCAGAGUGCACUCGCAAAAUGCUCACCGCCAAUACAAGGCUCAACGGAGUCCAAAGGAAGAGCUGCCACAACCACCCACACAGUCAGACUACCUUCGCAUUCUCGAGGCUGCAAAGGGUUUCGAGUUUGAUGAUGACGAGAUCUUCUGCCCGUUCAACCUCCUGACCGAGGAUGAUCUUCAAUCUAUCCAUUCCUCCUCUGGAUCCGACCGUGGCUCUCUCUCCUCCGGCUCUCCCGAGAGCUCACCUCUUCAGCAUCAAGUGCAGCCGACGCCAUCGGUCAUGCUCUCCACCGUCCCUAAUGUUUACAACUCUUCGAGCUUCCAGCAGGCUCAGCAUGUGAAGCUGCACCAGCCAAUGGCGCAACGCUCUCGCAACGCGAUUCCGAUCGUGGAUCCAUCCACUCGAUCCGUCGCGAGUCCACCAAUGUCAGUCUCGCCAGCCCGACAGAUGCAGCAGCAGUACAUCACUCGUCGUUGGUAG